AUGGUCACAACAUACCUGUAUUCCUUUUUCUUCUUGGGAUAUGAGAAGUUAAUCAAAAGAAUGGCGGGUAUUUGACACCUUUAUACAGUUUUGGGGACAAUGGAUGAUUCAAAGUUUGAAGUCGAAGAUAACACAAAGUCAUACGUUCCAAAAGAAGAACCAGUGUGUCCAGUAGAGUGUGCUGUCUGUCUUCAACCAUGUAUUCAUCCUGUCCAGCUACCCUGUAGACAUAUAUUCUGCUUUCUGUGUGUCAAGGGUGCUGCUCAUCGGAGCAAGAAAUGUGCCCUCUGUCGCCAGGAAAUUGAAGCAGAAUUCUUUAAUAACCCUAAACUGUUACGGUAUGAAGAUCUAGAAAAGACAACUAAGUUUGAUAACCAGUACCAGUGGUUUUAUCAGGGUGGGAAUGGAUGGUGGCAGUAUGACGACAGAACCAGUCAGGAGUUGGAGUCUAAACAUAAAAAUGGAGAAAAAGUUUUUGAAAUUCUGAUUGCGGGAUUUCUGUACAUAAUUGAUUUUGACAGCAUGGUGCAGGUGAGACGCAAUGAUAGAUCAAGGAAGAGGAAGAUUCGCCGGGAUCUUGUUUCCAUCCCAGGUGUUAAGGGAGUUGCAGGAUUAAAGUAUCCAAAGUCUGCCUCACCGUCAAACGGAAGGCCAGUGGGAGAUGGGAACGAACAGUCUAGUCAAACCAGUAAUCCAGCAUCAAGAACUGCUAACACAAACAGACAAGUUCGCCAACCGGUAGCCUCCCAUGGCCAGCCUUCAGUGCCCCACACCCCCAGUAACACCCCCCAGAAUCCCAAUACUCCUGUAGACAGUCCACCCAGUAGUGUUCAGUCCUCCCAACAAGAUCUCAUCAACCAGCUACAAAGUCUCGACCUACCCAGUGAUGACUCGGAUACAAACGAAGCCCCGAUAACAAGACAAGUCCCUAGUGGAAGUAACGACAACAGUCCGGUGUCUUCCCGGACUCGUAGUUCUGUUAACGAAAUAGUCCGUCCAGCAAACCCAGCUAGUAGUAGUCAUAAUAGGACAAGACAAACCAUACAGUAUGUGGAUUCUGAUUCCAGUGAUAAUGAUGUUGUGUAAACAUUUCAAUUCAACUUUAUUGGGAAAAUAGUUUGAUUUUCUACCAGGUAAAUAAAAAUUAAAAUUUGGAGCUUUGGGCAUAAAGCAGUAUUGAUUUUCAUUAUAAAAUCUUGUUCCAUUUCAUAUGUUGUGACAAAUACAUGGGCAGGGCAUGCCUUAUUGGUCUUGCCUAUAUCUUUGUAUGUUUAUUGUGUCUGUUGAGUGUAGAUUUUAAAACUGACGGUAUAUGUUGAAACAUUAUAGUUAGGUAAUUUUUACUAACCUAUUCCCAAUUUUGUAUUAUUUUACCUUCUGUAUGACAAAUAUUUCAGUUGAUUAAGCCAGUUACUGCAAUUAAAGUUUUUACUGUCUUAUCUAAUUGGUACAUUAUCGAUUCCAUGAUAUCAAAAUUAUAUCCUCCUCAUUUGAAUAUAGAAAUUCAAGUGCUAGAGUAAAAAAAAAUUUCAACAACACAUAUACAUGUAUACACCCUCUUAAUGUACUGACCAUGUACUUUGUAUAUAAAAUUAACUCUUCUUUAAAAGCUUGAAUUAUACUGCUGUUAGAAAUGCAUGUAGAUUGUUGUCUUAUGUUUAUGUAGUACACAUUUUAUUAUUUGUGUUUAUAUAUUUAAAAGUUUAUUUUCCUGUAGAAUAUUUUAUUUAUAAGAGAACUAUGUAGAUGGGGAUAAUUGCAUUUAAUGCAUUAUUUAUGUAGAGGAUAUGUUUACAAGUACUUAUUCACUGUGUGUGAUACAAGUUUAUGUGAUUAAAAAAAGUGCUGUUUUGACU